AUGGUUGCGCUAGAGUUUGUCUCUGACGCUUCCGUAAAUUUCGAACACAGUCGUUUCGACAGAGUCAAUUAUGAGGACGCUAAUAUAAAUGUGGGUUUGCCUAUUUUCACCAUUCAUGGGAAUCAUGACGAUACAGCUGGAAAGGGCCUAACUAUUCUCGAUGUUUUGCAUGAGGCAGGUCUGGUCAACCUUUUUGGCAAGUUCUCGGAUAUUGAUCAGUUUGACGUUAGUCCUAUCCUCCUACGGAAGGGCUCAACACGUGUAGCAUUGUUUGGUAUAGGAAGUCAGAGAGAUGAUCGACUCUGCAGAGCCUUCGCUGGACAUACCAUACGGUUUCUACGACCUCGCGCUGGAUACGAUGACUGGUUCAACAUCUUAGUCCUUCACCAGAAUCGCCCAAAAAGGUCGACGCUUCGCUCGACUGGGGCCUAUCUUCCGGAGCAGUACAUCCCGACGUUUUUCGAUCUUGUUCUUUGGGGACAUGAACAUGAAAGCAAA